AUGCGCUCUUUCAGCUUUGUUGCAGUUGCUCUCUCUUCCGCUCUCCUCUCUUCUGGCGCUUCUCUUUACUCUAAGCGCUCCACCGCUUACCUGCAACAAAACGGGGCCGCUGCUAAAGCCUUGAAUGACAAAUACGCGACCUUGACCGCUAGCUCGUCUUGCAAUGAUGGCGACAUCGCUUGCAUUAGUGGCCAGUUCGCCCAUUGUUGGGACGGUUCCUACCACUUAUACAGCUGUCCGGGUGACUGGACUUGCGCUGCAAUUCCUAACGAGUGGUCCAACGGUACAACCACGACCUGUGAUUCCCCAGACGAUAUCGCGUAUCGAUUUUCGGUGGCUGGUGUCUCUGAGACUAAGCGAUCUACUUCCGACAGACCUAAGUCAUUGAAGACUCGCUCUACUGCCUACCUCCAACAGAACGGCCCCGCUGCCAAGGCAUUAAACGAUAAAUAUGCCACGUUGACGGCCAGCUCAUCGUGCAACGACGGCGAUGUCGCCUGUAUUAGCGGCGAAUUCGCCAGCUGCUGGGACGGCUCUUAUCACUUGUAUAGCUGUCCGGGUGACUGGACUUGUGCUGCUAUCCCCAAUGAGUGGUCCACUGGUACCACAACUACUUGCGACUCCCCUGACGACAUUUCAUGGCGCUUUUCAACGGCUGGUAUCUCUGAAACCAAGUAA